AUGUGGUAUGACAAGGACUACUUCAAGUCUUCACAAGGUUUCAAGAAAGAAAUUGAAUUGCAGCUCAGACAUUUUCUGGAGGAGAAUUUUCUGUAUUGGCUCGAAGCUCACAGUUGUAUGAGUACAUGGCAGAAUGGCCCUGGUGCUAUUCUACGUGAGCUGCACAAAUGGGCAUUGUUCAUGGAUUUCAAGGAAUUUGAACCAGUCAUUUUGGACUUCAUCCGAUUUGAGAAGAUAUCCCGGGAGGGAUACAUGUCCUCUGCACCCCAGGUGUACUAUUCUGGGCUUAUGUUGGCUCCCCUAUCCUCCAAGGCCUUCAAGUUCUAUGGUCAUAAAUAUUGCAUCCCAGCAAUGGUGACUAGUGGACAAGGGCACAGAUGGCCCCGUGAUGGCUAUGUGAUGAAAGGGACAAGCACAGUCAAAGCUGUUGCAUUCUCAGCAGAUGGUACCAAGAUAGUGUCAGGCUUGGAAGAUGGUACAAUCUACAUUUGGGAUGCUACAGUAGGGGAGAGGAUUGGUAAACCACUGGAAGGUCAUGAAAGCAACCUCAACUCUAUUGCAUUCUCCCCAGAUGGGACAAAAGUGGUGUCAGGCUCUAAUGACAGAACAAUCCGGGUCUGGGAUGUGGAAGCAGCAAAGCAGAUUGGUGAUCCAUUGGAGGGCCAUGAUGGCUGGGUUCAGUCUGUUGCAUUCUCCCCAGAUGGGUCCAAAAUAGUGUCAGGCUCUGAUGACAGGACAAUCCGAGUUUGGGAUGUGGAAACAGCAAAGCAGAUUGGUGAUCCAUUGGAGGGCCAUGAUGGCUGGGUUUGGUCAGUUGCAUUCUCCCCAGAUGGGACAAAAGUGGUGUCAGGCUCUAAUGACAGAACAAUCCGAGUCUGGGAUGUGGAAGCAGCAAAGCAGAUUGGUGAUCCAUUGGAGGGCCAUGAUGGCUGGGUUCAGUCUGUUGCAUUCUCCCCAGAUGGGACCAAAGUGGUGUCAGGCUCUGAUGACAGGACAAUCCGAGUCUGGGAUGUGGAAGCAGCAAAGCAGAUUGGUGAUCCAUUGGAGGGCCAUGAUGACUGGGUUCAGUCUGUUGCAUUCUCCCCAGAUGGGACCAAAAUAGUGUCAGGCUCUAGUGACAAGACCAUCCGAGUCUGGGAUGUGGAAGCAUCAAAGCAGAUUGGUGAUCCAUUGGAGGGCCAUGAUAACUGUGUUUGGUCUGUUGCAUUCUCCCCAGAUGGGACCAAAGUGGUGUCAGGCUCUGAUGACAGGACAAUCCGAGUCUGGGAUGUGGAAGCAGCAAAGCAGAUUGGUGAUCCAUUGGAGGGCCAUGAUGGCUUGGUGUUGUCAGUUGCAUUCUCCCCAGAUGGGACCAAAAUAGUGUCAGGCUCUGAUGACAAGACCAUCCGAGUCUGGGAUGUGGAAGCAGCAAAGCAAAUUGGUGAUCCAUUGGAGGGCCAUGAAGGCUGCAUCAACUCUGUUGCAUUCUCCCCAGAUGGGACCAAAAUAGUGUCAGGCUCUAGCGACAAGACCAUCCGAGUCUGGGAUGUGGAAGCAGCAAAGCAAAUUGGUGAUCCAUUGGAGGGCCAUGAUGGCUGGGUCCGGUCUGUUGCAUUCUCCCCAGAUGGGACCAAAGUGGUGUCAGGCUCUGAUGACAGGACAAUCCGAAUUUGGGAUGUGGAAACAGCAAAGCAGAUAGAUGAUCCAUUGGAGGGCCAUGAUGACUGGGUUCGGUCUGUUGCAUUCUCCCCAGAUGGGACCAAAGUGGUGUCAGGCUCUGAUGACAGGACAAUCCGAGUCUGGGAUGUGGAAGCAGCAAAGCAGAUUGGUGAUCCAUUGGAGGGCCAUGAUGACUGGGUUCAGUCUGUUGCAUUCUCCCCAGAUGGGACCAAAAUAGUGUCAGGCUCUAGUGACAAGACCAUCCGAGUCUGGGAUGUGGAAGCAUCAAAGCAGAUUGGUGAUCCAUUGGAGGGCCAUGAUGACUGGGUUCAGUCUGUUGCAUUCUCCCCAGAUGGGACCAAAAUAGUGUCAGGCUCUGAUGACAGGACAAUCCGAGUCUGGGAUGUGGAAGCAGCAAAGCAGAUUGGUGAUCCAUUGGAGGGCCAUGAUGGCUUGGUUCAGUCUGUUGCAUUCUCCCCAGAUGGCACAAAAAUAGUGUCAGGAUCUUAUGACAGGACAAUUCAGGUCUGGAAUGACCACAUUUCACUUGGUGCUAGUCAAUUGAUCAGACACAAUGACUGGAUAAAAUGGCGAACCAACGGAGAUAUGAUUCGUCUUCUGUGGAUCCCUUAUCCCUACCGUAGUUAUGUUUUCACAGCCCAUCCAUGUGUUACAGUCCUUUCAAAGCGCCAUAUCAUCACUAUGAAUCACCAGAGCAUUGUCUGUGGUAGCCAAUGGGCAAAGAUCAAGAAACAAGACUGA